AUGAAUGCCGACACUGAUGGGGCCCCAAACCCGGAGAAGAGCGCCGACGUGGACGGAUGUAACUCGAGACACUUGGUUCAGAAAGAGGAUGUACGGCUGCGCCAUUUCCACCCUUCGCGAGAGAUGUUCCAUUUGAUUCUGGAACGAUCGCAUUCAUACCGGGAUCUCCUGGAGGGAGGCGAAAGUUUUGCUCGGCAUUUGGGGGUGCCUCUCAUAAGUGACGACGUGGCUCGUGGGAUCUGUGAAAUAUUCAAAGUCCCUCGUCCCUCCGUACUUGGUCCCGAGAACGGUGGAUGCGGGGGAAGUGUCAGCUGGCUUGAUGUCGUUCAAGAAACGGACUACCAAGCCGAACCCCAGCAGGGUGGUACAUACCACUGUCGGCUCCAUGAUCAGGGGGUCUGGGUUCAGCUAUCUAAUUAUCAGCAUGAGUUGCUCUUGACUGGCCUACCUCAGCGGCUUGUUCAUCCGUGGUCCUACGAGAAAGAUGUGCGGACGGAACUCGAGACACUGGCGCUGGCGAUCACGGAGAUAUCGAAGUGGGAAACACUUGCCUCGGAAGGUGAGCAUGUCUAA